GCCCUCCCACGCCUGUGGCCCGUUCCGGGGUGAGCCGACCAUGUGGAGCACCCUCUGGGAGGCCAUCGAUACCCUGCCCCAUGUGGCCAGGGAGUUCCUGCAGUUUGUGGGAUCGCUGGCCUUCGCCGUGCCACUCUUCCUGCUGCUGUGCAUCCUCAUGUUUUACCUGAUGGCCCUGGCUCAUUCCUACAGCUCCCUGGUGAAGGAACUCAAAGGGCAGCUGCGGCUGGAGGGGCGGGAUAAGGUCUUCUUAGUGACUCAGAUCACGGAGCUCAGCUAAGGAGAGAGCUGCAAGAAAACGCCAGUCUCAUUGAUUUGAGGAUGACUCUUGACCCUGCCUUGUCGGACCCGUCCCGCCCCUGCCAUUUGCCUGUGUGCCAAACCCAGCCCCUGCUGGAAGAAAACUACAAUAACCUCCAAAGAACCCAGAGCUCAUUCAUGGACUGUGUGUAAGAAUCACACACCCGGCGCUGAGCUGCGGCCCCUCUGGAGUGGGGUGUGGGGGCUGGGUAUAUGGGGACCCCUCGCCCGGUACAGACACACGGCCUCUCUGGGAUGGGGCGCAGGGGCUGUUUAUACAGAGACCUCUCACCUGGCACUGAGACAUGGCCCCUCUGGAGUGGGGUGUGGGGUUUGGUUAUACAGGGACCCCUCACCUAGCAGCUGCUCUUUACUGACAUCCAGUGACGCUGUUCAGUUUAGGACAGGAAGUGAAGCAAAACCCUGUGUGUGACUGACAUCCCAGGGGGCUUUGCAGGAGGAGAAGGUGGAAUUGCUUGUGUCUGAAAUGGGCUGGGCUGCUGGCCUUCAGGCCCCAAUUCUCACACUCUCCGUCCUGCCCCGGGCUAGCCCCACGGCCUCCGAACGGAGCACACAGCGGGUGAACCCCUCGUUACUGGCUGGCAGCAGAACUCCAUUGUCGCACUCCAGGGCAGCUGCAUUUGUAUUCCCUGUCUACCGGUCCCCGGCUGUCACCCCUCUUGGGCAGAGACCCGCGUCUCUCUCCCCUCCCUGAGUGGGGUUUUCCAGGCUGGCCACCUCCCUGCCUAGGCUCUGAUUUCACCGCGCACACGAACCUGCAAAGCGAGAUUCCCAUCAACAAUAAUCACCAUUUACAGCUCGGCCAAGUCAGGGGCAACCCUGCUUGACAACGUAACAGCGUUUGAUUUAAGGCUCUUUCCUCGGUGUAUUUUGAGAUGCGAUGCUGACAAUUGAACGGCUUUUAAAAGCUGUGACUUUUUGAGUCUCUAACACCUGCUGUUGAUAAAUCAUUGUCUGACUCCCCCCCUCCCCCUGUUCUCUGAAUCUCCUGUGAUUUUCUGCAACUGGGAAAAUGUUAAAUCUGAAAAAAAAAUCUUAAAAAUAAAAUGCUAGUUUUGGUUUGAAAUUAUAAAAUAAAAAUUGAAUUCUGCCAGG